UUCACUCGGUGCUUCAAGCUCAUGCCUGCUCGUGAAUCGGUGUGCGGCUAGCUAGGACUUCUUGCCAGUUCGUUGUCGCGGUUUUCUCACGCUGUUAUUUCGUUGCACUGUAUUAUAUCCAGAAAACUAUUGGAAACAUCUACCUAUCACACAGUUGCAUAAAUAAACCGAAUCCGGGACGAAGCAUGUCCACCGCCCUGGAGAGCUACAUCAACCGUACUGUGGCCAUCGUCACCUCAGACGGCAGGAUGAUUGUGGGCACUCUGAAGGGCUUUGAUCAGACCAUCAAUCUGAUCCUGGAUGAAAGUCACGAGCGAGUCUUCAGCUCCAGUCAGGGGGUGGAGCAGGUGGUGCUGGGUCUGUACAUCGUCAGAGGAGACAAUGUCGCCGUGAUCGGGGAGAUUGACGAGGAGACCGACUCCACGCUGGAUUUAGGAAACAUCAGAGCCGAGCCACUCAACUCUGUCGUCCACUGACCCCGAGCAGGAUGGCCGUCUCCAUGGCAACGGAUGUUCAGGCGUGCUUGAGUCCCGGUGGCUCUGACUCUUCCUCCUGUUUGUACGUUUUUUUUAUAUAAAUAAAAUUUAGUUGAUGGUUGUUGGAUUUAGAUUUUUAUGCUUCAGGUGUUUUUGUGAAACGAGAUUGUUUUAAUAAAGUUGGAUUUUUGGUGUUCCUACA